GUGCGCGCGCGGCUGCUAGUUGCUCUCCUUUCUCUCGCACUCCCUGAGGUGGAUUCGGCAGAGUUAGCGCGCAGCGUGGCUGUCUGAUCUUUGAUCCCGCCCAGAACACUUAAGUUUUGCUUGGCAAGACUAUAUAAUAUAGAUUGUAUCUGCAAGUCUAAAAAUAAUGGAGACUGAACAACAAGAGGAGACUUUUACUAACACAGAAACCAAUGGCAAACGUCCUGCUGAAGAUAUUGAAGAGGAGCAGGCCUUCAAAAGGUCUAGGAACACUGAUGAGAUGGUUGAACUGCGCAUUCUGCUUCAGAGUAAAAAUGCUGGAGCAGUGAUUGGCAAAGGUGGCAAAAAUAUUAAGGCGCUUCGUACAGACUACAAUGCCAGUGUUUCAGUCCCAGACAGCAGUGGCCCCGAGCGCAUACUGAGUAUAAGUGCAGACAUUGAAACAAUUGGAGAAAUUUUGAAGAAAAUUAUCCCUACUUUGGAAGAGUACCAGCAUUACAAAGGAAGUGAUUUUGACUGUGAAUUAAGGCUGUUGAUUCACCAGAGUUUGGCUGGAGGAAUUAUUGGUGUCAAAGGAGCUAAAAUCAAAGAACUUCGAGAGAACACUCAAACAACCAUUAAGCUUUUCCAAGAAUGUUGUCCUCAUUCUUCUGACAGAGUGGUGCUAAUUGGUGGAAAGCCGGAUAGAGUUGUGGAAUGCAUCAAAAUAAUACUGGAUCUUAUAUCAGAGUCACCAAUCAAAGGACGUGCACAGCCUUAUGACCCAAAUUUUUAUGAUGAAACAUACGACUAUGGCGGAUUUACGAUGAUGUUUGAUGACAGAAGAGGCCGCCCUGUAGGUUUUCCAAUGCGUGGCAGAGGUGGUUUUGAUCGAAUGCCUCCAGGUCGUGGUCGUCCCAUGCCUCCAAGAAGAGAUUAUGAUGAUAUGAGCCCUCGCAGAGGACCCCCUCCCCCUCCUCCAGGUCGUGGUGGUAGAGGUGGUAGCAGAGCUCGCAAUCUUCCUCUUCCUCCUCCUCCUCCUCCCAGAGGCGGGGACCUUAUGUCUUAUGAUCGCAGAGGCAGACCUGGUGAUCGCUACGAUGGAAUGAUGAUGCAGUGUCACGUCAAUGCCUGUGAUGACAUAGAAACACCCGAAAUGUUCGAGGGUGGAUCAGGAUAUGACUAUUCUUAUGCAGGGGGCCGUGGAUCUUAUGGUGAUCUUGGUGGACCCAUCAUUACAACACAAGUUACAAUACCCAAAGAUUUGGCUGGCUCUAUUAUUGGAAAAGGAGGUCAAAGGAUCAAACAGAUACGUCAUGAAUCAGGAGCAUCAAUCAAAAUUGAUGAACCCUUAGAGGGGUCGGAAGAUCGGAUAAUAACUAUUACAGGCACACAGGAUCAGAUUCAAAAUGCACAGUAUUUACUGCAAAACAGUGUGAAGCAGUAUGCAGAUGUUGAAGGAUUCUAAUGCAAGAUAUUUUUUCUUUUUUAUAGUGUGAAGCAGUAUUCUGGAAAGUUUUUCUAAGACUAGUGAAGAACUGAAGGAGUCCUGCAUCUUUUUUUUUUCUUAAAUCUGCUUCUGUUUAAAAAGCCAACAUUCCUCUGCUUCAUAGGUGUUCUGCAUUUGAGGUGUAGUGAUAUUUUUGCUGUCACCAGAUGUAAUGUUUUAGUUCUUUACAAAUAGGUGGGAGGGAGGGGGGUGGCUUGUGAAACUAACAUUGGUAUUUUGAAACAGCAGCAGAGAAAGUGGAUUUUAUUUUUGUUCUAUGUUGGUUGUAAACUGUAAUUUUUUCCCCCCUGUAACUUGUGAA